AUGCAACUUUACGGUUUAAUAUAUGUUUUAGAUGAUAAUGAACCUGAAUUGCUUGCUUUGAAAAAUGUUUCAGUGGAGGCUAAUAUCAAAAUUUGUCAAACCUACAAAAAUACUACAUCCAAAACCAUUGAAGCUUUAUAUAAAUUCUCAAUAUAUGAGAAUUCUGCCAUUUAUGAAUUUGAAGCGGAAAUUGAUGGUGAUAGAAAAAUUAAAGGCAUUGUUCAUGAAGCCAAAGAAGCAGCCCAAAAAUAUAAAGAAGCUGUAGCGAGUGGUUAUGGCGCCUAUUUAUUAGAAGAAGAACUAUCUGAUGUCUUUCAAUGUUCAGUGGGUAAUCUAACUCCUCAGCAAACCGUAGUAAUUAAAAUAACUUAUGUCUCAGAAUUGAAACAUGAUUCAGAAAAUGAGCGUAUAAGAUUCAUAUUACCUACAACGAUCGCUCCGAGAUAUGGAUCCUCAGAUGAAUCACCUUUAAACCCGGGAUCUAAUGAUGGAAAAGUGCUUGUACCUGGUAAUGUGUCCCCUGUCUUGAAUGCUACUUUAACAAUCGAAGUUACAUGCAGAAUGACAUCGAUGAUUACAAGUAUCGAAUCUUCAUCACACUUGAUUACCACCGAAUUGAAUAUUGGUGGAGAUAAUAAAGUGGCAAAGGUCCAAUUGGCAGAAGACGUUAGCUAUUUGCAAAAAGAUUUUGUGUUGGUGGCUAAAAGUAAAGAUUUGGAUCAACCAAGCUCUGGUUCUAUGGAAGGUGAUCCCAUCAAAAAAGCCAAGGAAGCUUUAGAACUAAUCCUUCGCUCAUUACCUGAAGAUUGUAUAUUUAAUGUAGUAUCAUUUGGUUCAAAUUUUACAUCUUUAUUUCCGGAAAGUAAACCUUACACGGAAGAAACUUUUAAAAAGGCAUUGGCUCACGCAAAAUCCAUGGAUGCAAGUUAUGGUGGAACUGAAAUAUAUAGUGUAUUGCAAUGGGUGUUACAGACUUCUCAGGAUAAAAGAAAGGAAUAUAUGGAUUUCCCCACUGCAUUAUUUGUACUAACAGAUGGAGAAGUAUAUAAUGUCGACCAAACUGUCAAGUUAAUCUCUGAUUCCUUAUCAAAAAGAAAAGAACAAUUACGAUUGUUUUCAUUGGGAAUUGGUAAUUCAGUUUCGCAUUAUCUGGUGGAAUCUAUUUCGCGAGCAGGUAAAGGAUACGCUCAAUUUGUGACGACCCAAGAAAGAAUGGAUAAAAAGAUUAUUGGAAUGUUAAAAAAUGCUGUUAAAACACCGCUCGUUAAAGGUUUUAAGAUUACAUGGAUAGAUGAGGAAAGUUGUAGAGAUAACGAUGACAAACCAUCAGCUUCUUCUUUCCUCAACUUUUUCAAGAAAUUGUCCAAUGAUGCCAACACAUCAACAUUGAAAUAUUGUUCUACCCCAUACAAAAUACCCAUUCUUUAUUCAGGUGUCAGAUUUAUAAUUUACUGUUUUCUAUCCAAAGAGGUUUCCCCACCUAAACAUAUAAUUCUUGAGGCCACUUGUGAAGACGGGCCAAUUCGUUUAGAGGUACCAGUUGAUCCAGGAACUUCUUAUUUACAUCAAAUUAUGAAUGAAAAUUUGGAUCAAGGAAUUGUUCGGGAGCAGAUUAUAAACUUGGGUAAAAGAUUUAGUUUGACAUCAAGAUAUACUAGUUUUUUGGCAAUUGACGAACGCGAGAAUUCUCAAAUAUCUAUGGUUGAGAUUAUACCAAAAUCAGAACUGCAACAACCACAAAUCAAAUACACCACGCUUAAGUCUACCAGUCUUCAUAACAUGCAAUAUAAUUAUGCAGCUUCUCCAAUUUUAACAUCUUCAGUUUCUACAAAUUCGAUUUCUUCAAAAUUACGAUCUGCUUCGUUUUCUGUGGCUAGCGCCUUUAAAUUAUUAUCACCUAGACAAUCUCUUAAAAAAGCUUAUGACGCUCCCGGAACUUCUAUGUCAACGUCAAUCCCGGAACUUUCAUUUGGAUUACAAUCAUAUGAUGGAAAAUUUUUAGCCAGUAAAGAGUUUUAUAAGUAUUUUGAUGAUGGUGGAGAUAAAAUUAAUAAUAACUUGAAAAAAAGUAUUCCUAAAGUAGAGGAAGAAAGUAAAGCUAUCAGAGAAGAAAUUUGGACGACAUCAAUUGCCAUAAAGUAUUUGGAGAUUGUGCUGUUUUCCAAAUUUAAAGAAGAAAGUGAGAUUUGCUUUGAGAAAGCAAAAAAAGUUUUAAAGAAAUUGGUAAUAGAAAAUGGAGAUGGAUAUAAAGGAAAUGAUUCAGAGGAAAAAGUUAAAUGGGUUUUAGAAAAAGCUGGGGAAUGGAUUACAAAAUGGGUUAAUGAAAUUUAA